GGGGUGGGCAGGCUUGUCACCUCCAGCUGACGACGAAGACGAGGAGGAAGAUUCACCGGCAGCCAAGGAGGACUGUUCAACAGCCGCAGUCCGGACCGGGCGUGGCGAUUCCGCGGGUGUCGGCCAUGAGCGCGGACGAGGACGCGCGCUGGCUGGAUUGGGUGACCAAGCAAUUUGAGAGCAUCGCCGGAGACGACAAAGAGAUCGACUUGGACGAGUUCAAGACAGCUCUCAAGGUCAAAGAGUCUUUUUUCGCUGAGCGCUUCUUUGCGCUCUUCGACUCCGACGGGAGCAGUUCCAUCAGCCUGGACGAGCUCCUGGAAGCGCUGGACCUUCUCAUUCACGGUAGCGAGACGGACAAGCUCAGGUUCCUCUUCCAGGUCUACGAUGUGGACGGGAGCGGUUCCAUCGACCCGGACGAGCUGCGCACGGUUCUCAAGUCGUGCCUGCGUGAGAGCGCCAUCUCUCUGCCGGAGGAGAAAUUGGACGACUUGACGCUGGCGCUCUUCGAGUCGGCCGACAAAGACAACAGCGGGGCCAUCACCUUCGAGGAGCUCAAAGCGGAACUGGAAGACUUUCCGGAGGUGAUGGAGAACCUGACCAUCAGCGCCGCAAACUGGCUCAAGCCUCCGGAAGCGGACCAGAAGAAGCGGCAGACCCCGCGCUACCUCACGCGGGUGUACUGGCACAACAACAGUCGCAAGCUCCUGUUCCUGUGCGGCUACGCUUGCCUCAGCCUGGCGCUGUUCGUGGGCGCCGUCCUGCAGCAUCGUCACGGAAGCGCCUGCUACAUGCUGGCCAAAGGAUGCGGCCAGUGCCUCAACUUCAACUGCACCUUCGUCAUGGUCCUGAUGCUGCGCCGCUGCCUCACGUGGUUGCGGGCCACCUGGGUGGUCCGGGUUUUGCCGCUCGACCAGAACAUUCUCUUACAUCAGAUUGUGGGCUACGCCAUCCUGGGAUACACGCUCGUGCACACCACUGCGCACAUCUUCAACUUUGUUCAGCUGUCCGAGCAUAGCGGCUUCAGUCUUUGGGAGUACCUGCUGACCACGCGGCCCGGCAUCGGCUGGGUGAAGGGCACGGCGUCCGUGACGGGUGUGGUUCUUCAGGUGGUCAUCUGCCUCAUGGGGAUCUGCUCCAGCACCUUUGUACGACGCAGCGGCCAUUUUGAAGUGUUCUACUGGUCCCAUUUGUCCUACGUGUGGGUGUGGUCACUGCUCAUGGUCCAUUGCGCCAACUUCUGGAAGUGGUUCGUCGUGCCGGGUCUGGUCUUCCUUCUGGAGAAAAUCAUCGGAAUCGCCGUGUCCCGGAUGGGAGGUCUUUACAUCGUGGAGGUCAACCUGCUGCCGUCUAAGGUGACUCAUCUGGUCAUCAAGCGUCCGCAGUUCUUCCAGUUCAAGCCGGGGGAUUACGUGUACAUCAACAUUCCCGUCAUCGCCAAGUACGAGUGGCACCCGUUUACCAUCAGCAGCGCUCCGGAGCAAUCUGACUGCCUGUGGCUGCACAUCCGCUCCAUGGGCCAGUGGACCAACCGUCUGUACGAGUACUUCCGCCAGCCGCAGAGUCCGGCGCCGAAUCCUAGGAGGCUGGCAGCAAGCCUGCGGAGCAAACAACUGAUGAAGAGUCCGGAAUUGUUCAGCUCGGCGCACGAGAACGGCGCCGUGGCGUCCACCGAGGACAACGCAGUGGAGCUGACCAUGUAUCGUAGCAACGUGUCCCGGGCCGCCGCCGCCCCCCCGGCAACCUCGGACGAUCCGGCGGCCGCGGAGCGAGGCGAGGCCCCGCCCCCGAGAGAGGUUUCUGCAAAGUUUGGCGAGAAUCACCGCUUCUGUAACAUCAAGUGUUACGUGGACGGACCCUACGGUACCCCCACCAGACAGAUCUUUGCGUCCGAGCACGCCGUUCUGAUCGGGGCGGGCAUCGGCAUCACGCCCUUCGCCUCCAUCCUGCAAAGCAUCAUGUACAGGUACCGCUGCCGCAAGCAGAAUUGUCCCAACUGCAGCUACUCGUGGUGCGAAAACAUUAAGGAUAGCGAAAUGAAGCUACGCAAAGUCGACUUCAUCUGGAUCAACCGUGACCAGAAGUCCUUCGAAUGGUUUGUCAGCCUCCUGACCAAACUGGAGAUGGACCAGGCCGACGGAGAGCCCGAAGGUCGCUUCCUGGAGAUGCACAUGUACAUGACGUCGGCCUUGUGCAAGAACGACAUGAAGGCCAUUGGCCUGCAGAUGGCGCUGGAUCUACUGGCCAAGAAGGAGAAGAGAGACUCCAUCACGGGUCUGAGGACUAGAACCCAACCUGGACGCCCCGAAUGGGCCAAGGUGUUCCAGAAAAUUUCGGAGGAGAACAAAGGAAAAGUUCACGUGUUCUACUGCGGUUCUCCUGCGUUGGCUAAAGUCAUCAAAGCGCAAUGUGAAAACUUUGCCUUCAACUUUUACAAGGAAAACUUCUGAAGACGCGUUUCCGUGACUAACGCUUCCAUCGGUUGGAAUGCUCAUUUUGAAGAGCCGUUCAACGGCUGUCUUGCGAAGCAAACAGUAGGGGGCAGCACACUGUCGUCACACGAGCCCGAGUGGGACCAGACCACCCCCCCCCACCCCCAAAGCAUAUUUACACACCCCAUAUGGACUACUGUACUGCCAAAUUAAGUCAUACGCUUCACACACACAGACACACAUUUGAUUAUCUACAGUACACGAUUAAUAAAAUAAACAGUGCUAGCAAAAGUAAGAUAGCAUUCGUACAGUGAACAAGCUAACGUUUGCUAGCGACUGCUGCUACGCUGGUAAUAUGACUUUUACCUGUGGCCUUAAUGCUAAAUAUAUACAUUUGAAGUUGUAUUUUGUUGUAAUGUACAAUACAUUAAAAAGAUCGAGAAGAGACCGCGCUGUGGUAGAUU